UAGAACUCGAAGAUGGAUGGAUGUUGGUGGUCAUAUAUUACCACACGUCACACGACCAAUUAAGAUGGACCCUCGUAUUGGCAGUCUCUGGCUUUUCGCGACAUGUGUGGGUAUCGUUAUGGUAUCAUGCUACAUUUCAGGUGUUGCUUGCGAUGUUCCUGAUGAUGUUGUGUACACUGAUUUACAUAAAACAGUAAGAAUCGGGGACAGCGUUGUCCUGAAAUGUCAGUUUCGCGGGACACCUUUAGCUGUCUCCUGGAAGAAAGGAGGUGACCCUGAAAGAUCACCAAACCUGGUCUCAUGGAUUACAGGAGACCCUGUGACAGGAGUAUGUGUAGGUGAAAGGCUGUGUCAGAUCAUGGAGAUGAACGCAGAGUUCUCCUUAAUCAUCAAAGAAGUCAGCAUUGUAGAACAAGGACUAUAUGUAUGCACAGUAAAAAACUACAAGGGGAUUCAGAUACACAACCUUACAGACAUCAGUGUUUUUUCUCCCCCCAAGGAACCCUACCCAAUCAUCAACGAAUGUCAAAUGAUCUCUCCAAACAACACUGAAACCACUUGUACUAUUUCAACGAACCAAUCAGUCGAGAUAAGCUGCUCUGCGUCAGGUUACUUUCCAGAUAUCGAGCUUUACUUUCUACAUGGACCCACACGUCUUUACACGAAAGACCUGAUUGAAGUCACGAAUCUUGACGGGACGAAAAAGAAAACCAUAUACACCAACGCUGCAUCCAGUGAAAUCAGCUAUGUUUGUUUCGCGUCUGAUAUUCCUGGAUUGCAAGUGCAGAAAAAGACAACUGUGUUAGUUAACCUACGAACAAGCUCUUCUCCCAUGCCUGCUGGACCCACAAUUCCGAUUGACAAGACAGAUGGAAGUGUAGCUAAAGUUGUUGGAUCAGUUAUAGUCUUCAUUCUAUGGGCUGUGAUCUGUAUUCCAAUCAUCAUACUGAUGCGUCAAGGGAUACGACAGAAGCGUCAAGGUACAUACGCCCAGGUGCUCUAUCAUCCACCUCUGGGGAAAAUAGACGGAAUUAUUUCUUAUUUCGAACUGGAAAAACUUGUCGAGAAGUUAGACAUUGGAUCUUUGAGUGAAAUUGUGGCGGAGUUGAUAGAGGAAUUCAAAGGAGAACCGGUUUCUAAACUUAUUAAAGCUGAUCCCUAUAAACGCUUGUGCGAAUGGAAGGAGAACUCGUCUGGGAGUGCCAUUUUGCUCUACGCUGCAAUGGAGAAAAAUAAUCUUGAAUAUGAAGACUUCUUGGCAAGCAUAGACAAUGCGGUUUCUGAUGACGACUUAGAGCACAUUUGUUGGCACGUUCAUAGCUGUAUAGAGACAGUUCAACCCAUAGUAGAUUAUUCAUCCACUAGCUGUACCAAGCCUAUAGAUAAUGACCACAUCUCAGCACCAUCUAGGUAUGAUGAAAUUUGGGACGACCUCGAAAUUAUGAAGAGAUGGAAAGCGAUGUCAGCCAUGACAACAUACGGAGAUAAAGAUGAACAUUGUGACGAGACAGUCACAUUUCUUCCGAAGUCCGGGGAGACAGGCUUCAAAAGCAAACAUACAGAAUCAAUGCCAUCAAAUCGGAUGAUACAACUGUGUCGUGCUUUAGAGAAAGCAGGAAGGACUACUGGAGAUAGCGACGGCCAAGUGUAUCGUCAACUCUCCAAGACAUUUUAUAAGAUUCGAGGGAAGUACAAGAGCCAACUGACAGACAAGGUCUUGAAGGAGUUUGCUCUCAAUAUCACCAAACGACACUGCCAGAGACUCGGAAAAACCUUCAGACUCUCUGCAAGUGCCAUAGCUAACAGGAAUGAAGAAGACCUUGAGAUGUUCAGGACGGACAUCAUGCUCAAGGCGUGGGUGCUGGAUCAAAAGUGCAGUAACCACGAAAUCAGGUGCAGAUUGAGACAAGCGGCAGAACAGUGCAACCACUCGUAUAUCGCAGGUUUCAGGUCACAGGGCUCAUUAGACAAUUUCAUCAGCAAAGAACAGAGUGAAGUCAUCACAUCAACCACGAAGCUGCCAGCAUGCCUGACGAUUACAAAUGAAGAACAGAAUCCUGGAGCCAUUAGAUCAGAAAGUGUCUCAUCUAUAUCACGUGAUGAACUUGAUCGCAUUGGUCGUUACGCUGGGUCAUCAAUUCUCCGUGCGUUCUGUAAAAAAUACGGUUUGACAGUAGUCCCGGAACAACUUCUUGAAAUAAUCAAUGUGCUGAAACCAGCGUUAGACUCCGAACUUGAAAGAAUCAUUAAGAGAGAAAAGAAGCGACCAAAUACCCUAAGAAAAACUCUAAGACAGCUUCUGGAGAAAGAACACCCACACUAUGCCUGCCUUCUUGCCAAGAAAAAACCAUUCAAAAUCUUCAAUGUAGAGCUGAUCGAUUUAGCCUUUCGCCUCAUCAUGGCCGACGUGUACCCAUUUGCCAAAGCUCUCAACAUAAGCGAUCAAGUCCUUAACCUUUUCAGAGGCGACCUCGGACCUCACAAUCUGACACAGGGUACUGCUUAUAUCUUGAAGCAGGUGUCCAUUGAUAAUCGAGUAAAAAUGGUCAUGCCCUUGAGACAGGCAGGGUAUUCUGAAGAGGCAAGGUCACUAUAUUUUGGAUUUGAAAUCAGCAUUGGAGACGUGAUAGAAGUUGAGAACAGAGUUGACACGGCACAACUGGCGAAACAACUGGGUAUUUCUGAUGACCUCCAAUCGACUGAGCCAGACAACCAAGUGAAGGAUGACACACUUCAUCAGUCUGGACUUCUUAGAUGGAGAGACACUGUACGCUCUUCAACCUUCAACCAUCGCUUGGUAUUGGCCGAUGCGUUGUUCAGCAUGGGAAAGGAGCAACUCGCACUAGACAUGAUUUCAGGUAUCUUUACACCUUCAUGA